CAUUAAAGUUGAUAACUUUUCUAAAGUUUGCCACUUACAGCAUUAAAGAAUCCAAGUGAUUAACAGUACUUGAAUUCAUUUCCAUUGAUUCCUUUGAAACUAUGGAAUGUAACUGGAAGAUGAAGAAUAGUAUGAUUGAUGUGACACCAUUCUUGUUGUUUGAGUCAUCUGCUGAUUCUGAGGAUGCCAUCGCAGAUGAUGUUCUUCGGCAUCAUCAUUACCAUAAUCAUCAUCAAGAAAAACAUGGAGAAAAAGAAAAAGAAUCCAUGGAUGAUGACGUUGAAUCCUGCAGUUAUGAUCACUCAUUCCAUGUUAAUGUCAAAACCAUCCAUGAUAACCAUCAUCAAGUUCAUGCGUAUGGUGUUGGUCAUGGUCAAUAUGAUCAUGAUCAUCGCCAUGUUUAUGAUGGUAAUAGAGAAGAGAUUGAUGAUGAUGUUGAUGAUGACGACGACGACGACGACGAUAAUUGGGGUGAGAGCAAGAUGAUAGGCCAAGAAAAGAGAUGUCAUGAGUUGUGUGUUGAUUCUUCAAGUCUGGAUGACAGACAAUUCUGGGAAACUUGUUUGGAUUCGUGAUUUUGCUAUUAAAAAAAAGGAAAUAACGAAUUCACACAGAUGGUUCUGUUCUAACUCAAACUUUGGUGUUUGAGCAGAUUGAGCUUAUAUUUUCUUUCCUUUAGUCUUUUUUAACUCUAUCUAUGUGUUAUAUAUGAAAUAUGAUCUACAAAUAGUAUUUGACUGGUAGGAAUGAAUCUGUGUUUGAUUUAUAAAUCUUGGAAACGGUUUAAAGCUUUAAAUAUAAA